AUGGCCCAAGAUUGCUGGCACAGCGGUGGUGGGAAGCCUCGGCAGCAAAACCACGACCCGUGCCCGCACUGCAGGUACCGCUGGAACUUCAAGAACAACCACUGGUGCUACCAGUGCACGGGGGCUCUGGUAUCGCAGCCUGAUGGUUCGAAGCGGCCACUUGGGCAGUGGGCUUUUGGGCCGCCGCAGAUCUCGAACUCGCCGUUCCACGUUCAGCCUGCCGGGUCUCCCUUCGCCGACCCGACGCCGUCGCAGGCUGCAGCGGCAGCCGCCACGGGCUCAGGCAAAGGGCGUGGCAAGAAGGGCGCUCCUCCGCCACCGCGGGGGAAGGCCAAGGCGAAAGCCGCCGCCUCCGCGGGCCAUGUCGACAGGCGUCCGUGGGUAUACCACCAGGGCUGGUACCCGUACGGUGGCGCAUCAGUUCCACUCGAGCCAGACGAUCCGAUGGCGGCCCUGCGGGCCAAGCUUGGCGACGACGGCACCGAGGCGCUGGCAGCAGUGGAGGCGCUCCUCGCCAAGAAGGAAGCCCCGCCUCCUGCUGCACCGCGGCAGCCGCUCCUUGAGGAGGACGUCUCAGCCAAGGGGGUGGCGUACCGUCGGGCCAAGUCCUGGCUCGAGCGCUGCUCUCUCAAGGUCUUGGAGGGUGAGGCCUGGCUGCAAGAGGCGCGUGAUGCUGAAGACCUUGCGGUCGCGGCUGCUGUCAAGGCCAAGCGCUCGUGGGAGGAGGCCUUUGCGAACCCGAGUGCCCGCGCAGGGGCGCGCGGCUUAUGCUUCCGCUCCCCGUGGCCGCGGUGCGUCCCUGCCGCGGCGGCCUCGCGGCGCGCUGGGUGCCGUGGCGCUCAGAGGAGGGAAAGGCGCGUCGAAGUCCUUGGUGUCUGGUACGGGGGGUGG